GUCAAAAGUUGACCAAAUACAUGAAAUUGUGACUGGGAAUCCUACUGUUAUUAAAAUGGUGGUAAGUUUCAACCGUGGUGCCCGGGGUCAGAAUGCCCUGAGGCAGAUCCUGGCACCGGUUGUGAAGGAAAUCAUUGAUGACAAAUCACUCAAUAUCAAAACUGAUCCGGUGGAUAUUUACAAGUCUUGGGUUAACCAGAUGGAAUCUCAAACUGGCGAGGCCAGCAAACUGCCGUACGAUGUUACACCUGAACAAGCUCUAAAUCAUGAAGAGGUGAGGACGCGCCUGGAUGCCUCAAUCCGAAACAUGAGGACAGUGACAGACAAGUUCCUGUCUGCCAUUGUUAGUUCAGUGGACAAAAUCCCUUAUGGAAUGCGUUUCAUUGCCAAGGUACUGAAAGACUCCCUACAUGAGAAAUUUCCUGAUGCUGGCGAGGAUGAGCUUCUGAAGAUUGUUGGCAACAUACUCUAUUAUCGCUACAUGAAUCCAGCCAUUGUUGCACCAGAUGCGUUUGACAUCAUUGAUCUUUCAGCUGGAGGUCAGCUGACCACGGAUCAACGCAGAAACCUCGGUUCCAUAGCAAAGAUGUUGCAGCAUGCUGCAUCCAAUAAGAUGUUCAUGGGAGACAAUGCACACCUAAGCAUCAUUAAUGAAUACCUAUCACAGUCAUACCAGAAAUUCAGACGUUUUUUUCAGGCUGCCUGUGAGGUUCCUGAAUUGCAGGAUAAGUUUAAUAUUGAUGAAUAUUCUGACUUGGUGACUCUCACUAAACCAGUUAUUUAUAUUUCUAUUGGUGAAAUCAUCAAUACGCACACUUUGCUCUUAGACCAUCAAGAUGCAAUUGCUCCUGAGCACAAUGAUCCAAUUCACGAGCUGCUGGACGAUCUUGGAGAGGUUCCUACAAUUGAGUCCUUAAUAGGGGAAGGAUCUGGCAAUGUUAACGACCCCAACAGAGAAAUGCUAGCAAAGACUGAGGUUUCUCUCACACUCACUAAUAAAUUUGACGUUCCUGGUGAUGAGAACGCAGAGAUGGAUGCAAGGACAAUUUUGUUGAACACAAAACGUUUAAUUGUUGAUGUAAUCCGCUUCCAACCAGGGGAGACACUGACUGAAAUCUUGGAAACUCCAGCUACCUCAGAGCAAGAAGCGGAGCAUCAAAGAGCUAUGCAGAAACGGGCCAUUCGUGAUGCUAAAACUCCCGAUAAGAUGAAAAAAUCUGUGUCUGUAAAGGAAGAUGGCAACUUGAAUCUUCAAGAAAAAAAAGAUAAAAUCAAGACAGGCCUGAAGAAGUUGACAGAACUGGGGACAGUGAAUGCAAGAAACAAAUACCAGGAACUAAUCAAUGACAUUGCAAAGGAUAUCCGAAAUCAGCGUAGAUACCGCCAGAGAAGAAAGGCGGAGCUGGUGAAGCUGCAGCAGACGUACAGUGCCUUGAACUCCAAAGCUACUUUUUAUGGGGAACAAGUGGAUUAUUACAAAAGCUACAUCAAAACCUGCUUGGAUAACCUGGCCAGCAAGGGCAAAGUCUCUAAGAAACCUCGGGAGAUGAAAGGCAAAAACAGUAAAAAGAUUUCUCUAAAAUAUACAGCAGCUCGACUUCAUGAGAAGGGAGUGCUUUUAGAGAUUGAGGACCUCCAAGGUAACCAGUUUAAAAACGUGAUAUUUGAAAUCGGUCCAACAGAAGAAGUAGGAGAUUUUGAGGUAAAAGCAAAAUUCAUGGGGGUACAGAUGGAAACAUUUAUGUUACAUUAUCAGGAUCUUUUGCAGCUGCAGUAUGAAGGUGUCGCGGUCAUGAAGUUGUUCGACAGAGCAAAAGUGAAUGUCAACCUUCUGAUCUUUCUCCUGAAUAAGAAAUUUUAUGGAAAGUAACUGAUCUCUGCUAGCAAGUCUGUGAAAGGGGAAAUGAAUAUAAACCUGCACAUACAGCUUUAAAUGACGUAGCUAUGUAUCAGUAUAUGCCCAUGCUGUGCUAAAAUAUAUCAA